CGUGCCCACAUGUACGGACGACGUCCUUUUUGCGAAUAGUAAAACAUGGCAGCGGUUCGUCGUAUUGGGCAACAAAUACAGUCUUUAAAGGUGUAUAUUGGUCGAGUUCCGUGGACAGUGUCUCAAAAGGAAUUAAAAGAUUAUUUUUCACAGUAUGGUCUAGUAAAAAGAGCAACUCUUCCAUUUGACAGGGAAACUGGAUUCCAUAAAAGGUUUGGAUUUAUCGAGUUCCAGUCUGAAGAGGGUUACAAUAAUACAAUACAGAGACCAUAUCAUGUGAUAGAAGGAACAAGGGUAUUCGUCAGACCUCAUGCUGGAUCAACUGCUCCUGGAAGACCUGAUGAAUCUUUAUUUAGUGACGAGUAAAUUAUUUUUUUUUAAUAUUUUUUUUUUAAUGUAUGUUCAGUUUGUUCUUUGAAUAAAUGUAAAUACUAGCACUC